UGAACGAGUAUUUCUUGACCCAUUCUUACUGCGUUGGCUAUGCUCCCACCAACAAGGACGCUGAGCUUUUCGCCAUUGUUCACAAAAUGAUGGACUCUCAGAAGUACCCUCACCUGGCCCGUUGGUUCAAGCACAUGUGCUCUUUCCCCAACAAGGCUGCUUUCCCUGUGGUUGAGGAGGAGUUCGUUUUCGAGACUGCCCCUGCUGCCGCCCCCGCCGCCCCCGCUGCUGCUGAGAAGAAGGAGGAGGAAGAGGAAGAGGAGGAAGAGGAUCUGUUCGGAGAUGACGACGACGAGGAGGACGAGGAGGCCGCUGCUGCCAUGGAGGCGAAGCUGCGCGCUGAGGCUGAGAAGAAGAAGGCCGCGAAGGAGGCGAACAAGAAGGUGGAGAAGUCUCUGCUGGUGAUCAACAUCAAGCCCUACGACGAGGAGACGGAUCUGAAGGCUCUGUUCGAGAAGAUCCGCGCCACCGAGGUCAAGGGAUGCAAGUGGAGCGAGACCUGCAACAUCGAGCCUCUGGCCUAUGGACUGUGCUUCCUGCAGAUUUCCUGCGUGAUUGAGGAUGAUGUCUGCUCUGAGGAUGAUGUCAUCGAUGCCAUUAUGCAGUUCGAGAACGACGUGCAGUCCACUGAGACCGCUUCGUUCAACAAGAUUUCUUAAGUUAAGUGGUUGAACUAUAUUUCUGCCUGUUUGUUUGCACAUUUUAUUUGAUGGUGCGUUGUGGUCAAUUAGUGGUGGGUCCGGCUGGCUCUGGGAAGUCCACCUAUUGUAAUGCUAUCAAGGAACUCUGUGCUGAUCAGCAUCGGCGUGCCUACCUCAUCAACCUCGAUCCUGCAGCAGAGGAUUUACCGUACGAGUUUUGGGAAAUAGACAUUCGUGACCUAAUCUCGCUUGAUGAUGCUGUGGACGAAAUGAAACUUGGUCCUAACGGUGGCCUUGUGUUUUGCGUCGAAUAUCUAAGUCAAAAUAUGGAGUGGCUGGAAGAUGAGCUUUCUCAAUUCGAUGAGGAUGGUUAUUUUAUCUUCGACAGUCCGGGACAAAUCGAAUUGUUUACUCACUUUAGCUUCUUUGGUGAUAUUACAAAGCGCCUUGUAGACUUCGGCUUUCACCUAAUUUCUGUUUAUCUCAUGGAUUGUCCAUUCAUUUCUGACGAGUCGAAGUAUAUCUCAGGCAGUCUGAUGGCUCUCUCCGCAAUGCUGCAACUCGGCCUUCCUCACUUAAACAUUUUGACCAAAUGCGACCUUGUUUCGCAGGACACACUGGAUAAAUUCCGCUUUCCCGACGGAGAUGCGUUGAUUGACCGUUUACAAAGAAAAGAAGGAAAAACACCGUUUACAAGACUAAACGAUGCGAUCAGUUCUCUGUUGGAUGAUUUCGGCAUGGUUUCCUAUCUGGAAUUUAGUAUUCGGAACGAGGAUAUGAUGAACGCGGUGUUACUGGAGACAGAUACCUUGUUGCAGUAUGGAGAAGAUUUGGACAAUGAGGACAAACUGCCAGAAGAAGACUUUGAGACUGUGGACUAG